AUGAUGGAGGAGCUAUCUGGCCUCGAACUCAUAGCCCGCUAUGUGCAGGGAGACGAUGAUUCGGACUCGCUCUUUGGUGGCGACGACCAGGAUGGCGAGCUGGGUUCCCUCUUUACGGAACCCGCCGCUGCCGACGUCGAGCCAUCGUCACACGGGCCCGAUUGUGAGCUAGCAUUACCUUUGCCGCAAGAGCGCCAUCAUGAGGCGACUAACCCUCCUGCUCAGCUCGACUCUGCCGAUAACCAACCACAGAUUCAGUUGGCCGAGCACUCCCGGCGCUCUCUGCCGCUGCCAUCGCUCCCGGUGCUUUCUCAGCUCUCGCUGCCCGCAGUCCCUGAUCCUCUGGAUGCCUCUUUAUCGCACCAGUAUGGACACACUUCAGGUGACCUCGUGGUUAGUACCCAAAUUCCUGCUAUUCACGCUUCUGGCUCUGGACCCGCGCCAUCAUCGCCCGAGGAGCUUCUUGACGAUGCGGCCUUGGAAGCCGAACUCACGGGCCUCUGGGAGGCCGACGAAAGCAACGAACAGCCUGUUAAUACUCACGCAGAAAGUCAUGAACGCGGUCCCAUUCGGGAGGAAGUCGAGAUCCUCACCACACAGAUCCCAGGCUUUCGCUACGCAAACAGCAACACCAAUUCGUUCAUUCGUCUGCCACGGCGCAUCGAUUUCGACCCGAAACUGGCCCAGGAGCUGGUGUACUACAUCACCCUCAACCGCCAAACCAGGGUAGAGGUUCUUUACGGCUACCUCGAGCUGAAUGUUACCGACGGUAGGCGCCUCACGGGGGAAAUGAAGAAGCUCAUGAGAGAGCCCCCCCUCGCGACGCUCGUCGCACAGCCCGCCAGUCGCGCGACCGAUACCAAGAAAAUCCUCGUCAAGAUUGCAUUUUAUAUGCUGAUUUGUAAGGAAUGGGGGCGGACUUGGUUUGGUGAAGACCACGAGACCGCUCCAUCCCGGAAAUACCUCUGGCCCAGGGACUCGUCAAUUCUCUUGGCCGGCUUCGUCACGGUCCUCUACCGCGUCUACACAAACCAGAAGCAGACGCAUCAAAAUAUCAUGCGCGCCCAAGCUCGGCUCCACGAGGCAAACCCGUCACCCCCGCUAACACCGGACCCCUCAGCCCAGCCUGCCGGAUCACCUCAGAUCCCAGCACCCGCACAGGAGGGCCAGUCCUUUUUCGAGGCCCUCGCUAGGGAUGCGAGCGCCGGCAAGAAGCGCAAGCGUGACGAGGCGAUACUCGGCCUUGACCAAGUCCCUUACGACGUCGAGAUCCCCGCCAACGCCCGGUUGAAGUAUCACAUCUACGUCAAGGACGGGAAGGACGGCACCGACCUAGCGCAGCCCACCACUUACCGGCACACCGACUACAUGAUUUCCCGCGGCGCCUUCUCCAGCCUCAAGGCCGCCUUCGAAGCCGCCGGCCAGGACCCCGUUUACGUAAUCCACACGCCCUUUGGCAGGAGGGAAGUGACCACCGAAGCGGCGUGGGAUAACGCUGUUCUGGCCGUUUAUAACGCCAGGCGCUCGGGCGGGGUGGUUGAGGUUGAGGUUCUCGUUUGACGUGCUGUGCAGGAGAAUUGCAUUGUGUGGUUACGAGAGGGUUAAAAUGGAGAUGGCAUUCGGCGUAUGUCUGGGGAUGGGGUACACGGGACGUAGGGAUAGGCGUUUGGUGGACUUGCAGUUUUCUUUAUUUGAAUAGAUACCCAGGGAAACGAGACGGAAUCGAUUACAGUAAGAACGGGAUCGAAUGAACAACGGGUGUUUCGAGCUCUUCAAUAAUUAACUUCAUGAAUGUAAGGUGGUCUUGUUGCGUGACGUCCUCCACAGGAACUAUUCCCACGUCCUCUCCCCAAGGUGAGA